CUGCUCAUCGGUGUACCAUCGGAGAACAUCACGUCUGGUACUACACCUUCCGGAACAGCACCUCCAAUCCUUCUGUCUCCUUCCAACGACAAACGGCCCUUGCCGGCGGUGGUAUUCGCAGGUAGGCAUAGUCUUGUAGCCUUCAAAUUUUACUCCAGGGUGCUGCCUUUCUCGUUGCAGGACAGCUGUGAGCUCUGCGUGGUCCUGCACAGUGCUUAUCUGCUUUAUCGGUCAUCCCAAUUUGAACAUUCAAAGUUCGUUGUUUGGCUUGAAGAGCAGUUAGACGCGGUCUCCAUUGGAGAUGUGGCCAUUGCUACUAAUACGGUAGUACGGAUAUUCGCCAUGGCGUUCGGAGACACUCAGCUCAUUGAGUUCUUGGACAGUGAUGAGCUGCCAACCCUACCGUCGCGAAUCAUCGAGUCGUGUCUGCAAUGUCACAGUGGGACGACAGAAGCCCGUCAGUUACUGCAGCUGGCCGCCCACAUCAAUGAGCCUUCAAUACUGAAUGAAAUAGAUCUAGAAGAACUGCUUGAUGACGAGGUGAUGUCAACGAUCCUCUGCGAAACAGUGGCUGUUAGUGAUCGCGUCACCUUCCUGGCAGCCAUUCUAGAGCGAAAGCCGCAGAUCUCAAUUACUUCGGAGAUGUUGCUCAAAAUGCACUUCUUCACGACGGUGAUUCUAUGUCAGUGCAUGGGCUACUCAUCAUUUCCAGAGGAAUUGGAUGAAAAAUUCGUAAAGCUAGUAAAUCCAUCAACAAAACGACUUUCAUUUGGCGUUGAAGAUCUGAUCCCGCCAUCAACACUUAAUGGCGAUUUUAUGCAGCACAGAGACCCAGCGGAUUCGAUACGAAUCUUGGCUAUUUGGGCUUUGUUGCUGCAUUGUCCUUCCGUUGUUCGUUGUCUUUGUGCUUUCUCUGACCAACCUGUUGCAUUCUCUUUGGUGCUGUCAAGACUGGCAAAGUCGUUGGCUCGAGAAUCUCAUGAUUGGUUUUUCUACGAGGAGUCGCUACUGAGACUUGCCGAUUCGCUGUCGAAUUCGGCUGUAGCAUUGGUUUCGAAGGUACAUAAAGUUUCACCGAACAAGGCCUACCGUCUGCUGUGCCAACCACUGGAAGGAUUUCACGGAGCCACAUUGUCCCAGCUGGCGUUCCAGUUCAACAAUCGAGCUCUGAUCGCUCAUGAAUCAUGCCAGCGCUGGCUUCAUCGUCUCCUUUACGGCCAACUGCAGACAUGCUCGUCAACAAUUCUACCACGAUGGUUAAAAACACUUCUUAGUCAUUCAGCUGUGUUUGUCGUUCCGAUUCGCUGGUGGAUGUGCGUUCGAACUAAUGGUGCUGAUAGGAAGUCACCAACAGCUUCGCUCCUGGACGUGGACCGACAGCCGAAGCGAGUCAGGGCUAUAUCUACCUACAGUGUGAUUUCUGCUCGUAGUGAUAUACUGAGCGGAGGGCAUUCGAUGCCACAACUUGCCUUCACUGAGUCGGUCACACCACAGUCAAUGGUUUUCCCACUGAACAUCGAGGAUCCACGCCCGAUCAGCCGUCGUGCGCCACCUUCACUAUGCGUAUUCUACUCGACUCCCAUAGUCAAAUACUGGUUAUCACUGCUGUUCCGACUGCUUCAUAUUGCCCUUCUUGCCUAUUCAAUUUUACUGCCUGGUUGUGGUAAUCUGACUUUGGAUGCGGUUGUAUGGAUGUGGACAUUCAUAGCGUGGAUCGAAGCAGUCUGGGUACUCAACAUGCGUAAUCACACAACUCCUCUCUCGUUGAUGCCAUGGCGGGUGAGCAUCUUUAUCGAAUAUACUUUUACCUUUUUCGAACCUGUUUUUAUUUCUCCUUCGUUUCAGUUACUUUCUACUGUGUAUCCUGUACGGGUUCUGUCGUCUUUAUUUCUACUCUACUGGUGUUAUGCAACUAUUUUCUUCUAUAUUCCUCUCUCAGAACUUUUCGGUCCUAUCAUCGUCCGAGUGAAGCUGAUGAUUCUUAGAGACUUCACCAAUUUCCUUAUUCUAGUCGCUUUGGUGAUGUCCAGCAGUGCAGCAGCGAUCCAUGCUGUUCUCUAUCCGGAUCGUGACAUCUCGCUUUCAGUGGCACGGUCGUCCCUUUCAUGGGUUUGGUUAUCGCUGUUCACGACCGAUCUUUCAAGUCUGAAGGAGUCGGAUUCGUGUAGGAAAGCGUUUCUCGGUCCUUCGACGUCUUACUGUAACUAUGUCGGCGAAUACGGUAACACCUCAUGUCCGUCACAGUCUACUGCUGGUUAUCUCGUUAUACUCGAGUAUUUCGUGCUGCUUAAGCUGAUUCUAUGGCCCAUCUUGUUCGCGUUCUUUGCGAAAACAGCCAAAUCCGUUGACGACGAAGCAGACAAGAUAUGGAAAUACCAAAUGUAUUCGCUGGUCACAGAGUUCAGUCUACGUCCACCCCUUCCACCUCCAUUAACGCCCUUAUUCUUCUUCUGUAUGGCCUGCUGCCGAGCUGGUGGACAACUGGGUGGAAUGAUGUCCUCCUAUCCAGAUCAUCCAGACGUUGACCAUCGAGAUAGAGUUCGCUCAACGGUACGAUUCGGCUCCGUCUACCGUAAUCCGUCAGUGCCGGCGAAAAAGAAUGAAUUUGUGAAUUCGUUCUGGCGUCAGUUGAUGAUCGAUAGAUGGAGGGAGGAGACGCAAGUGAAGACUGACAAUAUCGGUAAUUCCGAUACAAAGAUCAUCCAGGUACUGCUUCCUCGUUAUUCACCACCGUUCUAUUGCCGCCCUGCAGAGGAGUUCCCCACAGAUAUCGCGAAGCAUGUCGAGGUCGCUACUGAGCAGAAUGUGAGCGAACUUCGAAGGCUUUGGCGUUCUCGACAGGCAAUGGAUUCCGGAAAAGGUUGGAUGCUGUCGGCAGCCGGCUACCCACUUAAUCCACACGGCCGUCGAGGUAUUGCCGGACGUGGAUGCCAUCCACGAUUUGGAGCCAACAAACGUUGCUACUACAUUAUUUUGACAGGGACAACAAGGGCCCAUUGUAAAGUACUGCUCGAUACGCAAAAUAACCUUCCAAACGAGCCGCACCCUGAGAGCAGUUCGAAGGACGAGCAUCUGGCGACAUUGUUAAGAACCAUAGGACUGCCUGAAUCAGACGCGCAGGUGUUCUCCAUGCGACGUCUCGAUUCGUCCAUUAUCGACUCGUCCGAAACGGUCCCUCCAACUGACACAAGUCCAGCCCACAUCGCCAGACUUGCCAUUGAACAUGAUAUCGACACGGAUCACGCUUGGACUGAACACGAUCUAUGGGCA